AGAGAGAGAGAGAGAGAGAGAGAGAGAGAGAGAGAGAGAGAAUUGGUCCUUUGUUGGAGUCUUUAUCAAUUUUUAAAUUUGCAGCCAGCCUUGCUUUGUCCUCUCUCACUCUUUUGCGUUUAUAUUUGUGUGUGUUUGUGUCUGAUCAUGUGCAUGUGUGUGUCGUUUGCUGGUGCUUCUCAGUAAUGGAGUUAUGCAGAAUCUAUUUCCUUCUUUUUUGGGCUUUUCAGCUUGUGUAUGCACAAAAAACAACUGAUCCUAAUGAAGUGGACGCUCUCAAUAAGAUUAUAAUUCACUGGAACUUAAGUGGAAAAUUGAAUCUCACCACAGACCCUUGUAGCCAGAAUGCCUCAUGGGCUCCUGAAAAUGCGAAUCCCCGCGUCGCUUGUGACUGCACUGGCAGCACCUGCCACAUCACUAACCUGAAGAUAUAUGCUUUAGACAUUUUUGGUGAAAUACCCCAAGAACUAUUUCUGCUAAAGGAGCUAAUGGACUUGAAUCUGGGUCAAAAUGUACUGAGUGGGCCCUUACCAGCUGAAAUUGGACAACUAUCAAAGAUGCAAUACCUUAGCCUAGGCAUAAACAAUCUGACAGGUCCAGUGCCUCCAGAGCUUGGCAAUUUAAACAAGUUGAUUUCCCUAAGUUUUAGCUCAAACAAUUUCAAUGGAACAUUACCCAUGCAGCUUGGAAUGUUGACCUCCUUAAAGCAGCUGUACAUUGAUAGCAGUGGAGUAAGUGGACCAAUACCACAAGAACUUGCAAACUUAAAAGCCCUUCAAACUCUAUGGGCAUCUGAUAAUGGCUUUACUGGAAUUCUUCCAGAAUUCUUUGGGAAUCUUACAGAACUGAUAGACCUUCGACUUCAAGGUACAUCACUUGAAGGCCCAAUCCCAGGAAGUUUUGGUGCUCUAACAAAGCUAGUGAACCUGAGAAUUGGUGAUCUAAGUAAGGAGGACUCUACUCUUGAUUUCUUGGAGACCCAAACAAGUUUGUCCAUACUAUCUCUAAGAAACUGCCGAGUGUCUGGUGAAAUUCCAGAGCGGAUUGGCACAUUUGCUAAGUUGCAAUACCUGGACUUAAGCUUCAACAAGUUGACAGGCCAAAUACCAAACUCAUUCCAAAAUUUUUCUUUAUUGCAAAAUUUAUAUCUUGGAAACAACAACUUGAGUGGAGAUCUGCCUUCAAAUAUCAUAAGUCCCGACCUCAUGGCAUUAGAUGUCUCUUUCAAUCCCAUCUCCGGAAAUUUACCUCCAAAUUUCGCAAAAGUAGGAUUUUCAAUGAAUGUUCUCAGGACAUCCAUCAAUGCAAAUAGUUUACUGGACAGGAAGGCAAUUGGGAUGCUGCAAUGCCUCCAAAACGAGUGCACUAACCAAGUUCAAGCCUCUUCAUUUUCUAUUAAAUGUGGAGGCAUGGAACAAACAUCUUCAUCUGGCAUCAAAUUUGAUAAUGAUUCUGAAAGUCUGAGAGCUGCUUCACUGUACACAAACUCUAAUGAUCAGUGGGCAGUAAGCAACACUGGAAACUUCAUUUCCAAUCCAAAUGGACCUCAAUAUAUAGUAACGACUGAAACCCAAAUAACCAAUACUUUAGAUUCCGAAUUAUAUAAAACAGCAAGGAUUUCAUCAAGCUCACUGAGGUACUAUGGCCUCGGUUUGGAGAAUGGAAAGUACAAUGUUGAGCUUCACUUUGCAGAGAUAACAAUGGAUGAUUCUCAAUCCUGGAAAGGUCUCGGGAGGCGAUUAUUUGAUAUUUACAUUCAGGGUGAGAGAGUUGUCCAAGACUUCAACAUUCAGAAAGAAGCUGGAGGAUCCAAAAGAGCCUUGAUCAAAACAUUCGAGGCCAAUGUAACAAAAACAAUCAUUGAGAUCCACUUCUUCUGGGCUGGAAAAGGCACUUGCUGCAUCCCAUUUCAGAGCACAUAUGGACCGUUAGUGUCAGCAAUCCAUGUUUAUCAAGCCUCUAAUGCUGGCUUUUCUGCCAAACGGGACAAGAAGCGCGUAGGAAAACUUUUUGGAAUAGCAGUUGGAAGUGCAGCUGGUUUUUUGAUAAUGUCAUCCAUAUUCUACUUAUGGUGGAUUAAGGAUAAAUCCGGACACAUGCAAGUACACACAAACUCACCAAGCAAGGGAUAUUUCCAUUAACAUGGUCCCAAUUGAUGCUGUUUAAAAAAGCUACAUGUUGGCUUUGUGUGCUUUUUUCGUUGUCAAGAAUCAUUUUCCCUGUCUUUAAAAAAAUAGGUUCCUCUUUAGUGAUCCUAAAGCUUUCUAGCAAAGUAUGAUGGUUGUGAUCAAGGAAGGCCAUCUACUUGAUAUGAAACCUGAUGUAAAUUGGAUGGGAAAACUAGAUUGUCAACUAUUGAAAUGGGUUAUGAAGUCAACAUCUUAGUUUCA